AUGGAGAGCUCGGGAAUGGGCGAUCUACUCGCCCACGGUCCACCGCCGGAUGCGUCCCAGACUUCAACCCUCGAAUCCCCAACACAGCCGGAGCCUGUAUCCGAGCAGUCACACACUCUUUCUCGCUCCUCAUCCCUCUCGCAGAAUAACCGAUCAUCACUACCACGUGCUCACAACACAGCACGACAUGCGAAACGCCUGACCUUGAAUCUCCCCAUCCACUUCCCUUUGAAUCAUUCCCCAGCCGCAACCCCGGAUAGCGCUAUUGCGUCGCCGGCAUCCAUGACCCCCGUCACACAGUCGUCAAACCCUGGGCUCCCUGCUCUUCCCCCCGGAACGCCCAUUCCAUUCGAUGUCCAAGACGAUGGCUACGACUUUCUGCGGGCCAUCGCUUCUCAGGAACGGAAGGUGAUGGAGCUCCGCGAGGAGCUGCAGCGCGCGGAGGCAGACCUGUCAACGAUCAAGAAACAAUGGGCGUUGUCAGAGAAGUCGAGGAAACGCACUGAGAUCAGUCAUCACGCUGAGCCGAUGCUACCACUUCGAUCUCCCGAUUUGAGUGGGGCAGAGGCUCCGAGUUCGACCUCGCACCGUCGGGAACAAAGCAUGAGUUCCGUCGGCAGCUCGGCCAUAUCCCAAGAGCGAAUCAGUCGGGAACUGGAUCGGCGUACGAGUAUUCGUGCUGCCCCUGCAGUUCCCGCAGGCACAACCAUUUCAUCCAAUGGUCGGCGAGUCUUCCAGGGCUCUCACACACGCACAUUGUCUCUUCUCUCCCCCAUCACUCUGACCUCUGGCCUGAGCCCCGGUCUUCCUGAUCCUGAGCGCAUUGGUCGGACACCACGGUCCGCCACUCUGCCCUCGGUUGAACGAGCGACUACUGGUCCGAGCAUGGUGGCACCGAUCGACGAGAGUCAGGUACCGGAACAUCUGCUUGCACAGUGGCGUAAGACCAUGCCUCCACCGUCUCGAGAGGCGCUUAUGCGAACCGGCAAGCAGAUGGCUUCGGAUCUGCGCGAGGGUCUGUGGACAUUCCUGGAGGAUAUUCGACAAGCUACUGUGGGCGAGGAAGGUAUCAACGGAACAGAAUCACGAACGGUGUCAUCGCCGAACUCGCUAGCACCACCGAAUACGCGGAAACGAGAUUCGCUCGCCAAAUCACGGAGUCGGGACCGUCUAUCGGUUGCGGGGGACAAAUCAAGAUCUUCAUCAUCUUCGUCGCGGGGUCGGGGGCCAGCGGCUGAGCCAACAUCUGGUAAAGACUCCAAGCCGGCGGACAUCGCCUCUUCGUUCUGGCAUGAAUUUGGCGUUGAUUCACCAGCGCAGAAGACUCCCGGCGCUCGUCGCAGCCUCUCCGAAAAAGUCGACGACACGACCCCGCGGGGGGAGAAGGAAUCCGAGCGGCUCGGUCGCCGCUCCGGCAGUCCAGCCAACGAGGAGGAUGAUACCGCCGAUGAUUGGGAUGUCUGGGAUACCCCGUUGUCAGGAAAUAAGAAACAUACACCCUCGUCCAGUCGGUCGACUGUCGAGUCGAAGCCGGACCAGUCGCCCACGACGCAGGGUAGUAGUCCACGAACCAGUGCUAGCUUUGGCGAGUGGAAUCCUAAUUCCGCCGCUCCUGAUCCCAGUGUCACCGAAGGCAUCCCCUGGCCUGUCAUCACCAAGCUGGCUCCCUCCAAGCUCCAGCGUACUGCUUCCAAUCUUAUGGCUGAAUGGGAACGCAGUCUUUCGCCAUCUCCGGAGCGAAACAACUCCUCCGGAAAAAGCAGCAAGAAGGACUAG